GGAAGUGGAAAUAGUGAAGGGGCAGCCGUUCGACGUGGGCCCGCGCUACACGCAGCUGCAGUACAUCGGCGAGGGCGCGUACGGCAUGGUCAGCUCAGCUUAUGACCAUGUGCGCAAGACUCGUGUGGCCAUCAAGAAGAUCAGCCCCUUCGAGCACCAGACCUACUGCCAGCGCACGCUUCGUGAGAUCCAGAUUCUGCUGCGUUUCCGCCAUGAGAAUGUCAUUGGCAUCCGAGACAUUCUGCGCGCGCCCACCCUGGAAGCCAUGAGGGAUGUCUACAUUGUGCAGGAUCUGAUGGAGACAGACCUGUACAAGUUGCUCAAAAGCCAGCAGCUGAGCAAUGACCACAUCUGCUACUUCCUCUACCAGAUUCUGCGGGGCCUCAAGUAUAUCCACUCAGCCAAUGUGCUCCACCGGGAUCUGAAGCCCUCCAACCUGCUCAUUAACACCACCUGCGACCUUAAGAUCUGCGAUUUCGGCCUGGCCAGGAUUGCUGAUCCUGAGCAUGACCAUACCGGCUUUUUGACGGAGUAUGUGGCCACCCGCUGGUACCGGGCCCCCGAGAUCAUGCUGAACUCCAAGGGCUAUACCAAGUCCAUCGACAUCUGGUCUGUAGGCUGCAUUCUGGCUGAGAUGCUCUCCAACCGGCCCAUCUUCCCUGGCAAGCACUACCUGGACCAGCUCAACCAUAUUUUAGGCAUCCUGGGCUCCCCAUCUCAGGAGGACCUGAAUUGUAUCAUCAACAUGAAGGCCCGAAACUACCUACAGUCUCUGCCCUCCAAGACCAAGGUGGCCUGGGCCAAGCUUUUUCCCAAAUCAGACUCCAAAGCCCUUGACCUGCUGGACCGGAUGUUGACCUUUAACCCCAACAAACGGAUCACAGUGGAGGAAGCACUGGCUCAUCCCUACCUGGAACAGUACUACGACCCAACAGAUGAGCCAGUGGCCGAGGAGCCCUUCACCUUUGCCAUGGAGCUUGAUGAUCUACCCAAGGAGCGACUGAAGGAGCUCAUCUUUCAAGAGACGGCCCGCUUUCAGCCUGGGGUGCUGGAGGCCCCCUAACCUGGACAGACUCCCUGGGGCCUGGCCCUGCCUCCUGCCUGCCCCCUCCCGCCGGACUGUUAGCAAAUGGACACUGUGCCCAGCCCAGACCCCUGCAGCCCCAGCUGGGGCAGAGGGUGGGCCUGGCCACCUUCCCUCCUUGGCUCAGGCCUCCUGCUUCAGGCAGGCCAAGGCCCUCUCUGCCCAUCCCCCGCCCAUCCACCUCCCCCAGGGCCUGAGGGACUCAGGUGGCCCCAAAGCAAAUAUCCCUCUGCUGCUCUGCCUUCAUCUACCCCAGCUGUCCCGGUCUCUGAUCGUUUUGGAGUGGAAGGACUCUGGCUGCCCCAGGACCUAUUGGGGGUGGGGGUGGGGCACUGAGUAGGGACUCAGGGCAAGCCCUGCCUGCUCAUCUCAUUAAAACCCCACCCCAUUUUCCCUGAAGGAACAUCCCUAAGUUUCAAGGGCUAGUAUCCCUGAGGAGCCGGGCCAGGCUGAAUCCCCUCCCCCAAAGCUGCCACAUUUAACACCCUUGCUGCUUCUGUGUGUGGGUGAGCGGAAAUGGAGCUGGGGGGCACUUGGAGGCCCCCAGUGCCCUGCCCACCUCCCUGUGCCUGUAUCUAAUAUAUAAACAUAGAGAUGUGUAUACGGAUG